UUUUUAAAAAUAUAUGUAUUGGUAGAUGGCGGGUGAAAAGGCUGAGAAGCCAGAUACUAAGGAGAAAAAACCUGAAGCCAAGAAGGCUGAUGCUGGUGGCAAGGCUAAAAAGGUGAAGCAGGUUAAGAAGGGGACCCCACUGCAGCCGAAACCCUGUCCUGGUCAGAGGAAUUGGCAGAUAUUCCCGAUCGGCUAUGUAUCUAGGAAGGCCUUGUACAAGAGGAAGUAUUCAGCAGCUAAAUCCAAGGUUGAAAAGAAAAAGAAGGUGAAGGUUCUUGCUACUGUCACAAAACCAGUUGGUGGUGACAAGAAUGGUGGUACCCGGGUGGUUAAACUUCGCAAAAUGCCUAGGUAUUAUCCUACUGAAGAUGUGCCUCGAAAGCUGUUGAGUCACGGCAAAAAACCCUUCAGUAAGCAUGUGAGAAAACUGCGCGCUAGCAUCACUCCGGGGACCAUUCUCAUUAUCCUCACUGGGCGCCACAGAGGCAAGAGGGUCAUUUUCCUGAAGCAGCUGAGCAGUGGCUUGCUACUUGUGACUGGGCCUCUGUCCCUCAAUCGAGUUCCUCUGCGGAGAACACACCAGAAAUUUGUCAUUGCCACUUCCACCAAAAUUGAUAUCAGUGGUGUGAAAAUCCCAGAACAUCUCACUGAUGCUUAUUUCAAGAAGAAGAAACUGCGUAAGCCCAGGCACCAGGAAGGUGAGAUCUUCGACACAGAGAGAGAGAAAUACGAGAUUACAGAGCAGCGGAAGGUUGAUCAGAAAGCUGUGGACUCACAAAUUCUGCGAAGAAUCAAAGCUGUUCCUCAGCUCCAGGGCUACCUCCGCUCUGUGUUUGCUCUUACAAACGGAAUUUAUCCUCACAAAGUAGUGUUCUAAACUUCUUACAAAGAACCUAAUUAAAUAAUUCCAGUCCA